CACUGAACUAUCUACUGGUGAAGCGAAGGUGACGACUUAAUGUCCGCGAAGCAAGGAUCUGUUUCCAGGGCCACCUUCAGGAAGUGUUGCUAAGGUAACACGUGCUCAGAAUGAAAGGUGAGAAUCAGAAGUUCAUCAGAGCCAAAGAUCCAGCGCACCCUAUUCCUCCAACAUGUCUCUACCAUGGGCUACUGCUGAGGAUUUGUGCUUCAUCACCACGACCUUUCAGCACCUACACACCUCAGGAUGGUACUGGGGUGGCAUGACAGCCAGUGAGGCAAGGGAUGCUCUCACUGGUGCGUCAGAAGGGACUUUUCUCAUCCGUGACAGCAGCCAUCCCCUCUACCUCUUCACCCUCUCAGUAAAGACCUGUAGAGGUCCAACUAAUGUCCGGAUAGAAUAUGACAGUGGCCGUUUUCGCCUUGAUUCCAGCUGCACAGCCCGAUCCUGCCUGUUGUCCUUUCCUGCUAUUCCUAGUCUUCUGCAACAUUAUAUGUCCACCAGUCAAGCUAAAGAGGAAAAGAAGAUAGCAAAAGAACAUCAGGUGGUGUCCAAAGACAAUGCAGUUCUGCUGAAACUCAAAAAACCUAUUCACAGGCCUCAAGCCUUUCCAACGUUACAGCACCUCUCGCGUCUCACUAUAAACAGAUGCACUGAUUGCCAUGAACAUCUGCCAUUGCCACGCCCACUGUUGCUUUACUUGCAAGAGUACCCGUUUAAGGUGUGAGGAGGACAUUGCUCUAUUCCUGAGUGGUUAUUCUUUGCAAAGCCAUGAUUUGCUCAUAAAGUUGCAGUUGUGGAAUACUGUUAACGUUGCUUUGACUUGCAGGAUUGUCGGUCCUGUUAUAAGAUACUUGUAAGAUGAAAAUUCCAAAUUGUAGCACUUCCAUUGAAUCAAAGAGGAGAUGAAAGAAUAUAAGGACUGCUUUUUGUACAUUUUAUUUUUGUAAAUAUGUCUCUUUCUGUUCUCUUUCUAGUAAACUGAAAUGUUUUUGUAUUCAUGAAGUGAAGUAUUCUUGAAAAACACAACUGGGUGUCUUUGAAGUACACUCCUUUAAGCAUGCCAUUCAGUAUUUUAGAAAACCUUCAGUGCCCAAAACAGAAUUAUCCCUUUGCUUUAAAGUUAAGUUUACUCAUUUAUUAUGUUAUCAUCUGAAGUGAAAUAUUAGCUAAUUUACUACCUUUACCAACCAUUUUACCAGAGCUUAACUGAAUUUUUUUGUGAUUAUGAUAUAUUAACUUCGAACAGUUUGUGUUGAGGUGUUUAUGUUCAUGAGAUGAUAUUGUGGCUCUUACGAAAAGACCUACAGAU